AUGCUCUUCAAGACCACACUCCUCUCCCUCCUGGCCACUUCUUCAGCCACUGCCAUCCCCAGGGAUUCCUCCUCCUACACCGAGAUCAACAAAUGCCUCCCCGGCCAAGUUUCCAUUAAGGGUACAUGCUUCAAGGCCGGCGCCUUCUGCGGUGGGUUCGCCGCCAUUCCUUGCGCCGACGCGAAGCAGAUCUGCGUCGACGACCCGCGCGAUGAUUGCGACCCGAAGAAGGGAGGUGCCGACUGUAGCGGCGUCUGCAUCGAGCCGCUGGUCUGCGGCGGAUUUUUGGGCACUUCGUGCCCUAAGGGGCUGACUUGUGUGGACGACCCUAGGGAUGAUUGCGAUCCUGAGAAUGGUGGUGCGGAUUGCGGUGGUAUUUGCAAAGCUUGA